AUGCUGCUUCAUGCUCAGUUCACGCUCCUUCCUCCAGUAGUCUCCCUCCACUGCGGCAAUGCGUCACCACCACCAUCUCGAGUAACCAUCGCUCAACCGCACCCAACCAUUAUUGCACCUCAGGCCUCAACGUCACGAACAACGACCUACCUCAACGACAACGAUAACCACCUGGGACGUGCAGACGGUGGGCCAUCUGAACUCCCUUCGCUUAUCGUCUUUUACCACAACGCACAGGGGGGCCACGUCGCUGUCGGUGACGUGGCAAACAACAACAGAUGGAGAAUGACAAACGAUAGACAGCAAGCACGAACAACAGCCAACGACAACGCCAACCAAAACCGACCACGAUCAUUUAUGCAAACGACAAUGGAAACAAAUCACAACGAGCUGAGGUGCUACGUCUCCGUCCGCGAUCUGGCAACGGCCAACGCCAAUGCCAACCAAAACCGACCACAACCAUUAAUGCAAAUGACAACGGAAACAGAUCACAACGAGCCGAGGUGCUACAUCUCCGUCGGCGAUCUGGCAAUUCCACAUCACACCGCCCACAAGCACGAACAACAGCCAAUGACAACGCCAACCAAAACUGACCACGAUCAUUUAUGCAAACGACAACGGAAACAAAUCACAACGAGCUGA